CUGUACUUACACUCGUACUUAUUAAGUUUGAAGAAAUAUUCUUUCUUUACCGCGUUUUUUAACUCCCUGUUCAGAAACGCAAAAAAUAUCUCUAGUCUUUCGGCCGCUCCUAGUCAAAAAAAGUUUCGGCGAAACUUUCUUACUUUCGUUAAAAAUUUUUGUUAUUUCCUUUCAAAGAAAACUUAUUGUAAACAAAUGACGAAGACAUACAGUACUAAAAAAAUUGUUUAAAGAUAGUUAUGAACACUUAUUCAAUAAUAGCCUUCCUUUCUUUUUUCUAAAAACGAAAAUAUAUUCUAUUAUUCUGGUAAGUGGAAAUGACUAAGCUGGGAUGUAUAAGGGACUAGUGCACCUAGAGUGCUUUGGUUAUCCUCCUCUUCUAGAAGUCUGGUUACCUUCAAUGAGAAAAAAAUACUGUAUCAGUAUGUCUCAAGCUAUGUCGCAGACUUCUGUAUGUGGGGCCCGUCCCUUUGGUGUUACUGCUGCUAAAGUUUGUGUUUGUCCUGCAGAGGAGGUAGUGCAGCUUUUGCAAUAUAAAUUUUUAACGUUAAAUCACGUAACUUCAAACCGUUGUAUACCUGAGAGAAUGCUAUCGUUGUGGGUGGUGAAGACUGAAGAAAUUAACAGUCGUAGCGUUUGCAAGCGAUUGUGCGGAAUUCAUUGUACCGAUAUUUUUGUUAUCAUGCCCGAUAUUUUUAAUGAUGAUCGACAAUAUAAUUAUAUUAGCACACGCACUAAUCCUAAUAUCACGUAUAAUAAUAUUGUUAUUGAACGGGGCUAUAUCGGCCUUCGGCCGAUAUUUUGA